AUAGAAUAACUGAAGCCUCUUGCGCUUCGCCUCCGCCGCCACCCGUGUCGGAAAACACUCGCCGACGUUUCAGUUCACCGGGAAGUAAAACGCAACCGCAUCAACUGUUUAUAGGUAGGUUCAUAUGUAUUAGUAUCUGAACUAAAAGAAAGAAAGCCACGCACUUUUCCUUGUUUGGUACAAAAGGGUUCCCAGUUUUUAUUUGGAUUCUAUAACUAUUUAAACUGUGACUCAGAGUUGAAACAGAAUAACUUCAUUGAUAUGGGACCUAAGGUUUUGCAAUUGUCGCAACCCGUUCUUCCUCAUUCUCCUUCAUCUCAAACUCUGGCCUCUGCGAUUUCUUCUCCUUCUUCCAAACCUCGAACACGCAACCACAAUGGAGUCUGCAGAUUCGCGCACCGUUCGAGCCUCUUCCCAAACACACACCUUCUUCGCAGGUCAAAAUCGUUCGAUCAUUACCCUGUUUUCACUCGCAGGGGAAGCAUAAGAAGGGCUUGCAGCGCAAGCUUGGAGCCUUUUUCCGACGAAGAAUUCGCCAAGAAGAUCGAAGAUUUGGCGCUUAAGUUUCAGCUUUCCGAUGAUAGUAAUGGGAACGAUUUAGAUUCUGAAGUUUUUCCUUCUUCUGGUGAAGAGCUUUCCUCUUCUUCUUCGGCCGUGAAUUUUGUGGAGGAGUUUGAGCCGCCGGAGGAGAUUAUUCCGGCGAAUAUUGAACGGAAAGCGAAUAGCGUGGAGCUACCCUUUUCGUUGAGGAUCAUAAAGAAGAAGUUGCAGUGGAAAGAAGGGUUCAGAGAGGCAGGGGAAUCAGCAUAUUGCUCUGUUAAGAAAGCUUUCUCUUCUAUGGUGUUCAUCAUAAGUGAACUUCACAGUUACACUUUACAAAUGAGGGAGAUUCUGUUCUACGAAGAUCUACAGGGGAUUCUCCAAAGGGUUCAGAGGGAAAUGCACGCUUCCUUCGUUUGGCUCUUUCAACAAGUUUUCUCUCACACCCCAACCCUCAUGGUUUAUGUAAUGAUCUUGCUCGCAAACUUCACUGUCCAUUCAAUGGGUCACAACGCCGCCAUCGCCGCCGUCACGCCGCCGGUGGAGGUUUCUUCCGUCGUGGAAGGUCAAGACUGGGAGAGUCACAAGUUUGAUUCCGCUGUUAUUAAGACCUUCUCUGUUUCUAACUCCAACGGAAAAAACACUGCCUCCGUCGGUGGCGGCAAUGGUGGCGGCGGGAAGUUCCGACCAGCGGCGAAUGGCACCGAUGGCGACGGCCGGUUUGACGGGUCGGACCGGUCGCCGCACGCUACGGUGUUCCCCGACGGUGGUGCGUCUUCUCAGGUUUGCAAAACAGGGGAAACAGAGUCGGUGUCAGGGCAAGAGGAGGAAGAAGCGAAGCUGUGGAAAUCUAUGGUGGAUGAAGCUUCGAUUAUGGAGGUGAAUCGGCGAGGAGAGGGUUUGGAUCGGGAUGUUAUGAAAGGGUUUGUUUCGCCGGUGAUGGCGAGGAUUGAAUCUGAUGAUUAUGCAGAGUAUUUGAGAACAGAGCUUGUUUACCAAACAGGGUUGUCUCAGGAUCCUAGGAACACUCUUCUUCUUGCCAACUAUGCACAGUUUCUCUACCUCGUUGCACACGAUUAUGACAGAGCUGAAGAGUACUUCAAGAGAGCGAUAGAAGUGGAGCCACCAGACGCAGAAGCUUAUAAUAAAUACGCCACUUUUCUAUGGAAAGUGAAAAAUGACUUAUGGGCUGCGGAAGAAACCUAUUUGGAAGCCAUUUCAGCUGAACCUAAUAACUCCUAUUAUGCUGCUAACUAUGCUCAUUUCCUAUGGAACACCGGUGGUGAAGACACUUGCUUCCCUUUAUCUUCCCCAGAUAACUCCCAAGAACUUUAAAUUUAAUCAACAAAUAUAGAGAUCAAAAGAAAGGAU